UGACCAGGCCAAUACAGUACCUCCGUGAAAACACCUUCUGCCUUGCGGCCCUCAAUGCCUCAAAUAUUAAGUUUUGUCUGUCUCCAUAUGCCCGAUAAAGGGAAAGCCGGCAAGUGGAGUAUCUAAACCGCGGCAACGCUUUUACCUCAGGGCGUCAUUAAAAUUGAAAACCAGGAACAGGCCAUAAACCGAAAAGGUCAACAGCUCUUAUUCCAAGCCAGAGGCUUUCAAUUUUUCAACGUCAUGUCACCUUGCUCUCUUAUCUUCAAGUUCGCCGUAUUCUUCAUUUUUCGAGCAAUGGCAUUUCUCUCUCCGCGAGAUGCAAUCCAUGUCGAUGAUAUUGAGCGCUACGACGCGUUUAUGAAAACACUUGCCGGGAAUCAGUAUCUGCAUACUUACCCGAAGAAUCAAGUUAUCAAACUCGAUGUCUACGAGCAUCCAUCUGAUGAGCUUGUCCUAUCUGGUGAAUUCAAGCCAAGCGCCAAGGCCGAUGCAUAUUGGGAACAGGAGGAUAAAUUCGAAAAAAAGUUUCUGGGACGGCAAGAAUGCCCUGGGGAGGAUGUAUCAGAAUUCACGAUGGCGUAGCCUCCUGUACGGAAGGAUGCAGGUGCACGCGAUAUGUAAUAUUGCGUGUGUACUAGAUAAUCAGACUGUCAAUUUGUUAAGGUGAAUUGAAGUGAGAAUGAAUUUGUAUUUGUAUGAUAUUUUAAUAAUUAUAAAGUAAUACCCUUCAUAGCUAACCAGCCUUUUGCUUCAGUAAGGCCCAUUAACGAUGUUAGACAUAUCUUGCCAAAAGCAUCAAUGUCAUCUUUCUGGGCAUCGUGAAUUAUUAUCUCCAAGAAAUUCGGCCUAAAACUCAUCAGCUGUAAAUCCCAAGACCAAGCUUGAUAUGCAGCUUACGCGCCGACGUUUAUCACAAAGUGUUUUUUAUUUCGCCACGCCAGUGCAAAGUCAACUGGAUCCUGCGCGUUCCAUAAAUGAGCAGACAUGGUAACAGAGCGAUU